UCGAAAGCAGAGGCAGUUGCACCUUGGUAUUCGUUUAUUAAUUUAUUGUCAACAGCACUGUUGUAUUAACAUGUGAUUGUAUAAGGAGACACAGUUAAGAUUAUUUGAUGUUCGAAAUGUAAUUUUCAAGUUUAAUUUUAUUGUGUUGUUGUUGUUUUCAAGAAAAAAAACGUCAUUAAAGGAGGGACUGUUUAACUUCAGUUAAAAUCGAAAGUUUCGAGCCAAAAUGGAAGAUCGUUACGUGGCGUGCAUGGUUUUAAGCGGAGUAGGGGGCGCACUAGGUUGCAAGGGGGGAAAAUGGGAGUCAUGCAAAUCUGGUGAACAAAUUCACGAGGAAGUCAAAGGUAUGGGUGGAGUGGGACUAAUCGAAGUGACACCCCAGGACUGGCCCGUUAACUGCGGAACGGUCAUGCACAUUGCAACCGCGAAGGCAUUAGUUAAAGAUAACAAAACUGACGAAGAGCUUUGUGUUUCUUUGGAUAUGGCCUACAAAGAAUCCGUAAAUGAAAUAGCUGGUCGUUCUCCUGAUCCUCGCGGCGGUGGUUGUGGUGCCGCUAUGAGAGCAAUGUGCAUUGGUCUCCGUUACCCAAACAAACAGGACAUUGACAAUCUUAUAAAGGUCAGUGUUGAGGCAGGUCGAAUAACCCACAAUCACCCCACCGGAUAUCUUGGGUCUUUUGCAGCAGCACUUUUUACCUCAUACAGCAUCCAAGGAAAACCCAUACGAGAAUGGGGUAAAGAGAUGAUGGGUCUUUUGCCUAGAGUUCAAGAGUACGUUAAACAUGUAAAUGUUGACGUGAAGGAGCAUUUGCAAGCGUGGGACUACUUUAAAAUCCAGUGGGAAGCAUAUUUGAAAGCACGAGGUAUAACGGAAGGCAAUUCAGAUCCAAUAUUUCCGAAAGUUUAUGGAAUUAAAGAAAGAGACGAGUUUUACAAGGGUUUGAGUUUUGCGAGUGGACAUGAUGCUCCUAUGAUCGCAUAUGAUGCAUUCCUGGGUUAUGAUGGCACUUGGGAAGACUUGUGCAGUAGAUCGAUGUUCCACGGCGGAGAUAGCGACGUUACAGGGGUAAUAGCAGCGGCGUGGUACGGAGCAAUGUUUGGAUUUAAGCGGGUUCCUAAACCUAACCAUAAGAAUCUGGAGAAAAGAAAAGAGCUUAUGGAGCUUGCUCAGAAAAUAUAUAGCAGUAUAAUACCAAUCAUACCGCAGCAGGAUUAUGAAAGUCCAACGUACAUCAUUCGAAAGAGUGCAUUGGUAAACAUUUUUACUUUAGAUAAAGCCGGGUCGAAAUACCAGCGUAACAAUGAUGUCGACUACGAGAGUUUAUAUGAUUUCUUCCGACGCCGAUUUCGUCUGCCACCUGCAAUUGUUAAACAUGGCAAUGCCACCUACAGCGAAAUUACAGCGUGCAUUGAACGUAUUGAUGGUACCAAACAUGAUGCAUUUUUCUUUAUAUUCUUGUCCUUUCUUGACGAAAACAAAUCUACAAAAGGAGAUACCACAGGCAGUCUUUCUGUGAAAUGUCAUCGAGGAGAAUCAAGAGGGCCCGUACAAGUAUCAAUCUUGCCUGCAGAAUUAAUAGGCAUGGUGAAGAAAAACCAAUCACUGGCGUUAAAGCCGAAAAUAUUUAUUUUCCAAGCAGAUGAUAAUAGUAUCCUGCCGACAAAGAUGAUAUCAAAGGGAAAAACAACCUCAGAUGUGAAAGUCACAAGCAGAAAGAUACCCACUGAUGCUGAUCAGUUGGUGAUUAUAUCAACCCUGCCACAAAAACUUGCCAAUCUGUUUGAGACAGAAGCACAGUUACCUGCAUCCUCCGACAAAGGCGUUCAUGCGCAGCCAUCGGAAGAUGGCAAAUCUAAAAGACAGAACAGUACGCUCCAACAACCAUUGAAGAAUCCGUCUCUGUUAAUCAGUGCGAUGAUAAAGAUCCUCGGGUCAAACAACGAUAAAGAUGUCUUCGAAUGCACUCCACUUAUCAAUGGAGAGGUUAUGAGGAUAAUAGAAACUCUCCACAUUGACAUGAACGAUGUACCAGGUGGGGAACUUCCUGUUCCUCUGGUGUAUUCUACAUUAACCAAAUGCCUGAAUUUCUUCAACGAAAGAGACUAUGAAUCUGGACUGUAGUUCUAAACGUGGUUUGCUGUAGCCAACAAGAGACACAUAUCAUAUUAAACGUAGAUUUCCCAAAUAAUAUGUAUAUUUGAACCAAAAAUCUGAAAUCUGAACCAUUUAAUGUGUUCUACCAUAUUAAAUACUGUCCACAUUCAUGUGUGUUCUCGACUCCUAUUUAAUUGCAUGGCUGAGUUUGCGAUAUAUAUAUGAAUGUGAGUUGAGGAAACGAAUCAACUGGAUUACAAAGUGAGCGAUCGUGUACGCCAUAAAGAACUAUAGGAAAUCCCACUUAAAGGGCGUCAUUGUCAAUGUGCAUGUAAACAUUGGAUGUGUUCUUUCAACAUGUGAAGUGCCCAAUAAACCGACGUCGAAAGCACUUACUCAAAUUGUUCCCUGACAUCAUGUCAUACUUAUUGCUGACAGGUCGGAAAUACUUUACUAGCAGUUUAAUGAAAUUGAGUUUGAGACAACCAUUUCAAACAUCUGGAAAAAUGGUAUCGCACAAUUAAGAUGUUAUGUUGCUUGAACUGUAUGA